CUGAGGUGUAAGUGAACAUUUCUGUGAAAACAGACUUCAAAAGUGAGUGGAGGUACAAGCUGUGUUAUGUUGCAUGGCAUACUUGCAUUUCUAGUGACAUGUCAUAAAAUGGCUUCUGUAUGUGUACUCUCAUUCUUGUGUGGCUGCUGUUGCUGUUGAGUGGAGAAUUGCCCUUAUCACCACACGAUUACACAUUAAGCAAGUCAGCUGGAAAGGAUUUAUUGGUGGCAGGCAGGCAUCCUUGUGCCAGAGGCAGGGUUACAUGGAACAAAUACAAGUGCGGGUUGUAGCCUGAGGGGCUCUCUGAGCUAGUGAGCUACUGUCUGAGCUGACAGGCACUUAUUUCUCUGUGUGACUAGCAGAGCAUGGAGGCGGGGCACCAAACUGGAACCCACGAACCUGAGCAGCACAUGAACUAGUACAUGAACUCUUCCCAACAAGAGCCCCGAACUAGGGUUAAAGUGGGCGGGCCCAGGACUUUAUUCUGCAUGAGGUUUCUGCUUUGCAGUUGAGGGCACCGAGCCUUCCCUUAUCCACAAGCAGAGGCAGCACCGGGGCAAUGGAGAAGGCAACACAGCAACAGCACAGUGGUGGCGGGGGGAGCAGUAACAGCAGCAGCCGGAGCAGCAGCAGAGCCACGUCGGCAGGAUCCUCUCCCUCCUCCGUUGGCCGAGGCUUGUCUGUUGGAGCUGGGAGCGGUGGAGGGCUGCCCGCAGGAUCUUGUGGGAAUAGAGUGCUGCAGCAAGCCCAGGCUGUGGCAUUAGCAGCGGGGAAGCUGGAUGGGGGAGCUGCGGUGCCAGCGAGUAAGGGAGGCAGCCGGGAGCAGCACAAGCAAGUCCUAGAGGGGGUGCUGAGCAAGUACACUAACCUCAUCCAGGGCUGGCAGAACAGGUAUUUCAUCUUGGACUUUGACUCCGGGAUCUUGCAAUAUUAUGUGACAGAAGCGAGUAAAAAUCAGAAACCACGUGGAUUCCUGUCUCUUGCUGGAUCAGUCAUUUCACUAAGUGAAGAGGCACCUAAUAUGAUAAUUGUAUAUUCUACAAAUGGAGAAGUGUACAAGCUCAGAGCUGCUGAUGCCAAAGAAAGACAGGUAUGGAUGACUCAGCUACAAGCAUGUGCCAAGUACCAUUCAGAGAGUAAGAGUGCAGUAUCACAGAGAGCAAGAAGUUAUUCACUUCUUCCUCAUGGAACUUCCAAUUCCCCAUCUCCUGCAAACCAAAGGCAACAGGUAACCCACACUGGGCCCAGUAUUGUCACUGUCACACACCACAAGUCCCCUGCUGCAGCCAGAAGAUCCAAGAACCAGAAUCCGGCCCAGCUUCAUGAAGUCAAAGAGGUCAUGGCUCAAGUGGAAGGACAACAAAAAAAUCUGGUGCAUGCUAUUGAAUCCCUUUCAGGCUCUGGCCCCCUGUCUGCCUUGGACCAGGACUUGCUCCUGCUAAAAGCUACCUCCGCUGCCACCCUUAGCUGCCUUGGAGAAUGUCUCCAUUUACUACAGCAAAGUGUAUAUCAAAGUGGGCAAAACAACAAGAACAUAUCUACAGACAGUAUCCUGAGCUGGCAUGGACCAAAGUCUCAUUCUACAGAAAAUAUUAAAAAUGGACACCUCAGUUCUUUACCAUCUUCCGAUACCAAUCUAACAUGGCCAAUUAUAUCAAGCAUGCCUCAAGACUACAGAGUACUUGAUCGAGAUACAGAGACUGGCCCUCCAGAGGCUGAAGAGGAGCUGACGGAUACAGAAGAUAAUGAGGAAGAAGAUUUAGGUGUCAUGGAUGAUCAACGCAGUGUAAUCCUUCACCUUAUCUCCCAGCUCAAGCUUGGCAUGGAUCUUACCAAGGUAGUGCUUCCAACAUUUAUUUUGGAGAAAAGAUCCUUGCUGGAGAUGUAUGCAAAUUUCAUGGCCCAUCCAGACCUGUUUUUGUCCAUUGCAGCCGGUGCGACUCCCGAGGAAAGAAUGAUCUGCUUUGUGGAAUAUUACCUAACAGCCUUUCAUGAAGGUCGGAAAGGAGCUGUUGCCAAAAAGCCCUAUAAUCCAGUUCUUGGUGAAAUGUUUCACUGCAGUUGGGAUGUUCCCAAGGAAAAUGUGAAAAGUUUCCGAACUCAAAGUGCCUGUAAGGAAACAGCCACACCUCCAAGUUCCAAUAAAGAGGCAUACAAGUUGCGGUUUGUAGCCGAACAAGUGUCUCAUCAUCCGCCAGUGUCUUGUUUUUACUGUGAAUGCAAAGAAAAGAAAAUGUGUGUGGAUGCUCAUGUGUGGACCAAAAGCAAAUUCCUGGGGAUGUCAGUUGGUGUAUCCAUGGUGGGAGAAGGAAUUCUCAGGCUUAUGGAGCACGGUGAGGAAUACGUUUUUACACUACCCAGUGCCUAUGCUCGCUCUAUACUCACAGUUCCUUGGGUGGAACUGGGGGGUAAAGUCAGUAUAUCCUGUGCUAAGACAGGCUACGUUGCCACAGUCAUAUUCCAAACCAAGCCUUUCUAUGGAGGAAAAGUCCACAGAGUCACAGCAGAGGUCAAGCACAAUCCUACCAACACAACAGUAUGUAAGGCUCAGGGAGAGUGGAAUGGAACUCUAGAAUUCAUCUACAGUACUGGAGAGACCAAAUUAAUUGACACCACCAAGCUUCCGGUCAUCAAAAAGAAAAUCAGACCAUUGGAGAAACAAGGACUGCGUGAAUCAAGACGUGUAUGGGAGAAUGUCACCAAUGCCUUAAAAUCUGGGAAUAUUGAAGCAGCAUCGGAGCAAAAGCACCAGCUGGAGGAGAGGCAGCGAGCAGACUCCAGGCAGAGGGCAUCACUCAACACAACAUGGAAGCCAAAGUAUUUUAUCAAAGAGGGGGAAGACUGGACGUAUGUAAAUCCAAUGUGGAAAACGAUUUGACUACAACACCAGUUUCAUACAAGGCCCCUCCGACCCUGAGCUUGGAAUCUGAAUAUUGGCAAACAUUACUGAAAGUAAAAUACUGUGAAUAUGUCUCUAAGCAAAUGCAAGCGAGAAACAAUUAUCCAAAAAGCCAUCUUGUUAAAUUGUAUAUAUAAAUUUAUAAAUAUAAAUCGAUAUGCUUUCUGUGUAACAACGUAAGGGUAUAAAUAUGGUGUAUAUACACAAUUACA